AUGGCAAGAGACCUGGCGGAUCAACUUCUGGCAGACAGUUUGUUCCAGCUGCUCCUACGUGAGUUGGCUGGUGCAGAAGAAGAGACAGCGCGCCGUGAGCGCCUGGUGACGAUAUUUCAGGAUAGUGCACAAGCCUUCAUCAAUCACGAGGUUAUACUGGGUGGACAGGUGAAAAUCCACCAGCUCCCUGAGUUGAAGCAGUUUGAUACUUCUACGGGGCUCAUGUUCUCGAUGAAGUUUCAUUGCAAUAAGCAAGAGGAUCCUCCACUGUACGUCCCCAAGCCACGCGGCCGGGUGAUCCUCGUGGUUCGGCCGGGAGUGUGUCGGUACGAUACUCCCAUCCGAUUUAUACCAUUCAGCCAUCAGCCUCUACGACUCAAGGAACUGGAGGGGGAGCCUACCUCCUGGUUGGUUUGUAAGGCCGAGGUUUUGAUGGAAACAGUUAAAGCUAGCAGCUCAUCUGACGAAUAUGAGCCUGACCCCGAGGACAAGGAUGUCUCCUUCUAG